UUAUUCAAAUAAAAUACUCGCCUGGCUCUUGUCUUGAGCAUUCAGUAUACAUUUGGAUUUCACGGUGGUUUCACGUCGCUUGUUCGUAGUAAAUAAUUUUGUGUUGUGUAGUUAUUGUAUAGUGUGCAACAAUAUGCUCUUGAAAGUGAUUUUAUUUAUUGUCGUCUAUAGCCUGCACUGCACUUACGCUGCGGCAGCUAAAAUCGAUGUUCCAAUAAAAUAUCCAGGUCCUACCAAAAAUAGUAGCAUAGAAGACGACGUGCCUGAGGCGUGUUGGAACCUUACAUACUGUACCAUUAAACCGAAGAACUAUCCAGAGGAAAAAUUCAAUUUUAUGUUUAAGGAUUAUAAACCGUUAGCUCAGCCCUCACUAGUGACCAUCACUUUUGAUAACCGACAAGGAGACCCGACUGAGGAAGACGACUGUGACAGUGAAGUAACUUUUGAGCCACUAUACAAAGUGCGUGAAAAACGAGAGGAUCCGUGGCAAACAGUGGUGCAAGCUCCAGGCGUAGACUACGUACAGCGUGUGCGCUUAGAGAGAUGCAAGAAACCCGACGCGCCAUGCUUCAACGUGUUUUCUGAAAACAGCGCAUACGUAACAUUCUGCAAACAGAAGUACAAUAAAUGGGAAGUGUUGGUAGAGAAUGGUGAAAUGGGUACGAAACCGAUUCAAGUACAACUUCCAGUGUGCUGCACGUGCAAUUACAAACCCAUUGAUAUGUCUUGAUGGCGAAGUGUCUUCGAACUUCAAAAUUUGGCCUAGAUUUUUGGCACUGAACACAUCGAGCUUAUUGUUUUUCGUUUCACGUUUUCUGUGUCUUUGGUAGGUGUUGUGGAAGCGUACACACAGUUAUCAACAAUAAGCAAUUUAUGUAUGCCCACUAGAGAUAUGAGCCAGCGAUUCAUGUGGUUUAACUAUGUUAUAGAUAUACAUUUGAUGAAUGAAUAGAUGUGAAUGUUGUUUUUUUUAUAAGAGAUUAAGUAGGGUUAAAAAUAUAAUUCCUAGCGGAAUUUAUCCGAAUGAACGUAUUAUUAAAAUAUCGGUUCCAUAUACUUUAAUACCUAUUGCUUGUAUAAGAUUUAGUUAUAAGCAACUAAUUUAUUACAGCUACUCAAAUUUCAUAGAAAUUACAACUUGGUUAUCUAACAUUUAUGAUUAUAAAGUCAUAAGUUGGCAGAUGUUUAAAAGAAAAUGUGAUUUACCGUCGAAUCACUUUGGUAGAAAGAAAGAAAUAAUUGAUCAUAUUAGCAUAGCUUACCUAUACUUUAUGUAUCCAUUCAUGUUUAUUUGAAUAUAGUAUGAACAUUUUAAGUAUUACAAUGUAUCUACUAAAUGUGAAAUCUAUUAUAGUUGUAAUUGGUGUAUGUUGUAGUUUAUAAUAAGAUUUUUUUGCGCUUUAACUAAGAUUCGACCGAGAAUCGAUCUGUUUACCUAUUUGUAACAAUAUGAGGACCGUUAAAAAUAUUUAGCUAUUUCAUAAAUUAAUCUUUUAAACAACACUAUUAUUCUUAUCACAUCUCAAUUCGCAACCGUACAAUCGCGAGAUUUAUUUAAAGACAUGAUCUCAUAACAUUGAUAAAAUCUCAUGCAAUUAGUAUUUAAUUUUCAUUAACCACAUGAACAAUCGUGUAUGGGAAACCAUCGUUUUAUGUAAUUAUUUAUAAUAGCUGUAACUAAUUUGAUUUUAUCUAUGUAUGUGUCACGGUUAAUCCCUGGACAGAAAUGUGAAACAAAUUAUUGUUAUACAGUUAUGAUUAUAUAUGCUUAAUGUACCUUUUUAUUUAUUGUUUAUGUUCAUUUUAUAGACUGGUCACAAAUAAACAGAUAAAUGAAAA